AUGAUCCGCUCGAGGACUGCCCGAGAUGCCUUCAAUACAUCUCUUAGAAGGCCAUGGACGUGCCCUCAAUGCAUCUCCCGCAGCCGAUUUUACUCUGAAAAGUCCGAAAAGCGAGAACCCCCCGACCAUCGUAAACUCGGUACCAAGCAAGAACUCUUUAUCAGCUCGAUCUACAGCCCUGGCUCCCCGAUAUUCCUACCGAAUGGCUCGCGAAUCUUCAAUCGACUUGUAGACUUUCUCCGAAAGCAAUACGUACGAUAUGGCUUCGAGGAGGUCAUUACGCCAACCAUCUACAAAAAGUCACUAUGGGCAAAGUCAGGUCAUUUGGAAAACUACGCCGACGACAUGUAUGCUGUAAGAGGGAAUACAGAACCGCCGCCUGCGCAACAUGACGGAUGCUGUGGGAGUGACCAGAAGGAACUAAAGCCAGACGAGGAGGAAGCGGGUGAUUAUGGUCUAAAACCCAUGAACUGCCCUGGCCACUGCAUCAUUUUCGCAUCCAAAAACCGCAGUUACCGAGAUCUUCCAAUUCGAUAUGCCGACUUCAGUCCGCUGCAUCGAAACGAGAUUUCCGGCGCAUUGAGUGGACUCACUCGUGUUCGGCGUUUUCACCAGGAUGAUGGACACAUCUUUUGCCGACCGAUUCAAGUUGAGAAGGAGAUCAAGAAGACUCUAGACUUUGUCAAGGUGGUGUACACUGUCCUGCGAUUUGGCUCAAACUAUCGACUUGCACUCUCCACACGGCCAAAGGAUCACUACAUUGGUACCGAAGAGGAGUGGGACCAGGCCGAGAACGCCUUGAAGCGAGCCCUGGACGCUUCAGGCAUGGAAUGGGGUGUGAAUGAGGGAGAUGGUGCUUUCUACGGGCCCAAGAUCGAUAUCGUCCUCACAGACUCGGAUGGAAAGGAGCAUCAGACGGCGACCAUUCAACUUGACUUUCAACUACCCAAGCGAUUUGAACUUGAGUAUCAGGCCCCUGCGCCAGAAUAUGAAGCUAGAGGCGAGACGACCACAGAUGCUUCUCUGCUCGAUGAGUAUGGCCCCGUGCGCCCUGUUAUGAUUCACCGCGCUGUCCUGGGCUCGGUUGAACGUCUCAUGGCUCUCCUGAUCGAGAAGUACAAUGGCAAGUGGCCUUUCUGGUUGAACCCCCGCCAAGUCAUCAUUCUCACCAUUAACACUGCCGAGCCUGUUGUCGAAUGGGCGGGACAAGUGCGCAGUGUGCUGGUCGGUAACAACGACCAACUUUACGAGCAGCUUGAGAACGGCACACUCCCUAGUCAGGAUAACGCAUUUCGACCGACUGGGCUGUCGGUUGACAUAGAUGAUAGUGCACGACCUCUGGGUGCGAAAAUCAAGGAGGCAAGAGAGAAGAACUACGGCGAGAUCCUCGUGAUCGGACAGAAAGAUGUAGAGAACAAGCGGGUUUCGCUGGGUAAGGAGAUGCUAUCACCAGAGGAGGUGCGUGAGCGGUUCAAAACCAUGGUAGACACAUUUGCCUAG